CUCUCUCUGCUCCGUCACAGCGCCGCGUUGCACCACCGUUCAUCCUUUCUUUAGUUUCUGCGUCGUUCCUCGAAACCGGUCACGUCUUUGACUGCCACCACCGGACAUCAGCCAUCUGAACGCGAGACCAGUGACAUUAAUAAAAGAAUUCCAGUCCUCGGCAACUGGAAUCUUCGCCUUCGCCUCCGCCCAUUCCCCUUCUCUACUUCUAUGCAAGGCUGCUGUUCCUCCUCCUCCAAGCUCUCCCUCCCUCUCCUCCACCCCAUGGCUUCCACCACCACCGCCGCUGACCCCCAGGAUGCCCGCCUGAUCUUUGUCGGCGACCCGGAUCGGUCGGCGUCCCCCGGAUCCGGCUUCGGCGCCAGCAACGCCAUCCGCACCACCAAGUACUCGCUGCUCACCUUCGUCCCCCGCAACCUGUUCGAGCAGUUCCGCCGCGUCGCCUACAUCUACUUCCUGGCGCUGGCACUCCUCAACCAGAUCCCCCAGCUCACCGUCUUCGGCCGCCAGACCGCAUUCGUCCCUCUCGGCACCGUUCUUGUCCUCACCGCCAUCAAGGACGCCUACGAGGACUACCAACGCCACCGCUCCGACAUCGCUGAGAACAACCGGCUCGCCGCCAUCCUCCCCCUUCACCGACCACAGGCCACCGCCACCGUCAAGAAGAAGUGGAAGGAGGUCCGCGUCGGGGAGCUCGUCCGCGUCGAGGCCAACGAGACUCUCCCCUGCGACAUGGUCCUCCUCGGGACCAGCGACCCCACCGGCGCCGCCUACGUCCAGACCAUCAACCUCGACGGCGAGUCCAACCUCAAGACCCGGUACGCCAAGGUCCAGACCGCCACCCUCGACCCCGAGGCCCUGGCCGGCGCCAUCCUCCGCUGCGAGCCACCCGACCUCAACAUCUACGGGUUCCAGGCCACCAUCGAGCUCGGCGACGGCCCCAGGAUCCCGCUCGGGCCCACCAACAUCGUCCUCCGCGGCUGCGAGAUCAAGAACACCUCGUGGGUCGUCGGCGUCGCGGUCUACAUCGGGAUGGAGACCAAGGUGAUGCUCAACAGCUCGGGCGCCCCCUCCAAGCGCAGCCGGCUGGAGACCCGGAUGAACCGUGAAAUCAUCGUGCUCGCCGUCAUAAUGAUCGUCCUUUGCUCCGUCAUCGCCAUCUGCACCGUGACCUGGCUUCACAGGAACAGGGAUACGCUCGACACGUUGCCGUUCUACCGGAAGAUGGACUACUCCAAGGUUCCGCCCAGGGUCUACCUGUACAAUGGAUUGGGGCUGGAGAUGCUAUUCGCGUUCCUCAAGUCCAUUUUCAGCUUCCAGAACUUCAUCCCCAUCUCGCUCUACAUAUCCAUGGAGAUGUCGAGGGUGAUGCAGUCAUUCAUGAUGACCCGCGACAAGAGCAUGUGCCAUGAGGCGACCGGCAACAAGCUGCAGUGCAGGGCAUUGAACAUAAACGAGGAUUUAGGGCAGAUCAAGUACGUGUUCUCGGAUAAGACCGGCACGCUCACGGAGAACAAGAUGGUCUUCCAGUGUGCCAGUAUUUACGGGGUCGAUUACAAUGACGGAGUGCCUCUGUCACCGGGCGAGAUCGCUCCUCAUCCCGCCAUUGGUGUUGGUGGUGAAGUAUUGAGGCCAAAAGUCAUCGUCGACACCGAUCGCAAUCUCCUGAGACUGUUGGAAACAGGGAGGGAUACAGAGGCAGGACUUCAUGCUCUUGAUUUCUUCCUUGCAUUGGCUACUUGCAACACCAUCGUGCCUCAGGUAGUGGACACAUCUGACCCGGGAGUGAAGUCGAUUGACUAUCAGGGCGAGUCGCCCGACGAGCAGGCCCUCGUGUAUGCUGCUGCAGCCUAUGGUUUUGUGCUAAUCGAAAAAACAUCUGGGCAUAUCACCAUUGAUGUUCUUGGGGAGAGACAAAGGUUUGAGGUUCUGGGCCUUCAUGAGUUUGACAGUGACCGAAAGAGAAUGUCAGCGGUAAUUUGCUGUCCCGACAAGUCUAUAAAAUUAUUUGUUAAAGGUGCAGACAGUGCAAUGUUCAGCAUUCUUGAUAAAUCCUUCGAUUCGGAGAUAAUACAGGCGACUGAGAUGCAUCUUCAUGCCUACUCUUCCUUGGGGUUAAGGACUUUGGUAAUCGGCAUGCGGGAUUUAAGUGGCACAGAGUUUGAAAACUGGAAGCUUUCUUAUGAUAAAGCAAGCACAUCAUUAGCUGGAAGGGCAGACCUUCUCCGAGAUGUCGCAAUCAAGGUAGAGUCUGAUAUCCGGAUCUUGGGAGCCACUGGAAUUGAAGAUAAACUGCAGCAAGGUGUGCCUGAGGCCAUAGAAUCUCUGAGAGAGGCUGGAAUCAAGGUCUGGGUUCUAACAGGGGACAAACAGGAAACUGCUAUAUCUAUCGGCUAUUCAUGCAAGCUUCUAUCAGACGAUAUGACCAAGAUCAUAAUCAACAGCCAUUCCAAGGAGUCCUGUAAACAGAGUCUUGAAGAUGCCACUUCCAAUUGCAACCAACUGACAAAGUUGAGAACACGGACCGAUGAAGGUGGCAAUGAUUCUGCUAGAGUUCUUGUGGCCUUAAUUAUCGAUGGCCCUACUUUAUUUCACAUUCUUGAAACUGAAUUAGAAGAUGAGCUGUACAGGUUAGCCACUUCGUGCGAUGUGGUUUUGUGUUGCCGAGUGGCUCCACUGCAGAAGGCUGGUAUAGUCGCGCUUAUGAAGAAGAGAACAAACGACAUGACACUUUCUAUUGGUGAUGGUGCUAAUGAUGUAUCAAUGAUUCAAAUGGCUGAUGUUGGCGUUGGCAUCAGUGGUCAGGAGGGCCGACAAGCAGUAAUGGCAUCGGAUUUUGCCAUGGGGCAGUUCAGGUUUUUGGUUCCUCUUCUACUGGUUCAUGGUCACUGGAAUUACCAGAGGAUAGGUUACAUGAUCCUCUACAACUUUUACAGGAAUGCCGUGUUUGUAUUCAUGAUUUACUGGUACACAUUUUUCUCAGCAGUCAGCUUGAUGAAUCCUAUCAACGAGAUCAGUGGGUUGCUAUUUUCAGCUGUUUAUACUGCACUUCCGACCGUAAUGGUUGGAAUAUAUGACCAGGAUUUGAGUCGAAGAACACUGCUUGCGUACCCAGAACUCUACGGACCAGGGCUUCGAGAUGAACAUUAUAACCUGAAGCUGUUUAUUCUGAUCAUGAUGGAUUCAAUUUGGCAGAGUCUUGUCAUUGUCUUUGUUCCCUUUUAUUUCUAUUCAGAGAGUUCAUUGGAUGAAGCCAGCUUAGGAGAUAUAUGGAUCAUUUCAGUGGUUCUGUUGGUCAACAUACACUUGGCUAUGGAUGUGUUCAGGUGGAACUGGAUUCUAAUUGUGACCUUUUUGGGUGUCACAUCCAUAGCAAUGGGCUGUAUUAUCGCGAUAGAUGCAUCGCCUUCAGCACCUGGUUACUGGGCAAUCAAUAAUCUAAUGGCUACCGAAUUAUUCUGGCUCUGCUUACUUUGUGUCGUGGUGUUUGCAUUGCUUCCGCGAAUUGUGGUUAAGGUGUUUGCAGCAUACAUAUGGCCCGACGAUAUCCAAAUUGCAAGGGAAAUUGAGAAGUUUGCGAAGCAAAACAAUGACAGUGCUUUGGAAGCUCCAUUGCAGUCCUCUACAGAUCCUCAGCAGGAGAAUACCUAAUCUUGUUUUUUUUUUUGGUUCUAAUUUCUUGUUUACUUUGUACAUUAGCAGAUUAUUUAGCUGUUAGAUUCUUACUGAACUUUGUUUGCUUAUUCAUUAGGGUGAUCACAUCCCUUUAUUUCAUGUACUAAACCAAAUUUUGGAUUAGUUUCAUUCUGCUGCUACUCGAGGUUCGGAGCGUUUCUUGUUGCAA